GCCGGUGCACCAAGGCCGAGGCCUGCACCUUCGCCCACUCCGCCGACGAGCUGGCCCCGGACUCGCCGGAGGCCCAGCUGUACCAGCAGCCGCCCUCGAAUGAGGAGGAGCUGCAGGCCGAGCUGGACGAGGCGCUGCAGGCCGCGGAGCCGGAGGACGAGCAGGCUGACGAGGAGGCCGCGGCGGAGGAGGUCGCCGACUGCCCGGUAGACGAG